AUUUUUUAUUCUUCCGGCGGUAAUCCCAGGUCCCAAAAAAAAAAAAAAAAAGCCUCAGGCGCCCAAUUUUGCACCUGGUUUUCCUCGUAUUCACUGCACAAAAAUUUAUUUUUUCUAGGGUUUUGAACAAAUCGUCGGCAGCGAUGGAGAGACACAGGGAGCGCGGAGAACGGUUCAACGAUCAUCAUCCGUUAAAUUCAACUCCUUGGUUUCGCGAUGCCCACAGACCUAAUUUUCCCGCCGACCACCACCACCACCACAAUCACCAUUACAACCAACACCAUAACUACCAUCAAUUCGAACACCAUCCUAGCCACCAGCAAUUCGAACCUCAGCCUAGCCAUCAGCACCACUUUGAACGCUUCCCCGAGCACCAGCAUCCGAGCAGUGAACAAAACGACGCGUUCUGGUCCAAUGGUGGCAACGGUUCCGAUCCCAGUCGAAAGAGAGGGUUUCACCAUUCAGGCCGAGGAGCUUCUCCAGAGCAUACUGAAGGAAGCAAUCUUGCAAAGCUCUAUGUAGCAACGGUUCCAAGAACAGCAACUGAAGAAACCAUCCGGUCCUUGUUUCAAGGACAUGGAAAUGUUGUUGAGAUUAUUCAACCAAGGGAUAAGAAAACUGGUGAACGACAUGGAUAUUGUUUUGUGAAAUAUGCAACGUUUGAGGAAGCUGACAGAGCUAUUACAGCUUUACACAAUCAGUAUACCUUUCCUGGGGAAUUGAGUACUGUCAAAGUCAGAUACGCUGAUGCUGAACGAGAUCGUCUUGGGCUACUUCCAGACAAAUUAUAUGUGGGUUGCUUAAACAAACAAGCUUCAAAAAGGGAGAUUGAAGAAAUAUUUUCACCUUAUGGUCAUGUUGUAGACAUCUACAUCGUGCGUGAUGAGCACAGGGAAAACCGUGGAUGCGGAUUUAUUCAAUUUUCUCGUAGAGAAAUGGCUCUGGCAGCAAUCAAAGGAUUAAAUGAAAUUUUCACUAUGAAAGGUUGUGACCAGCCAUUGAUUGUUCGAUUUGCAAUUCCAAAAAGACCCAGGAUUGGAGAACCAAGGGUUAAUUAUCCAUUUAAUGGCAUAACUUCUGGCUCCCAUCCUCAAGAGUUGGCUAUGAGAUCUGUACCUAAUCUUGGUGAUCCAAUGGCAGGGCGUAUACCACCCAAUGCAUCAUAUCCUGUGCAACACAUUUUAACAAAUUCACAACCACAGGGUGUUUCUCAUUGGGCAAACCCUGAAAUUGUUGCAUCUCAUGUUACUUAUCAAUCAUAUCUUCCAGGACAGCAAGCACAAUCACAGCCAACUUCCUUGCCAUUACAGCAAACACAAACUCCACAGGAAAGUUCUCAGUCAUCUCACCAACCUGUCUCUGGGCAGAAACUAGUACCUUUGAUACCGGCAUCAUCUCAAAUUUUAUGCCAGCAGAAUUCAAAUGUACCCAAGCUAAAGUCUCCACGGACUGGAGGUAGCCAAACAGUUGCUGCUACUUCAGUUGCACCUACAAUACCCCAAAGUCUGGAGACAGUGGCUCCACUUGAGUGUGACUGGAGCGAGCACACCUGCCCAGAUGGACACAAGUAUUACUAUAAUUGUGUCACUUGUGAAAGCAGAUGGAAUAAGCCAGAGGAAUUCAUUUUAUUUGAGAAACUGUUGCAGAAGCAGGAAAAUCUGCAAAAUCCUGGCCAACAGCUUUAUUCUCACUCAACUGCCCCUACAGAAAGAGUUUCUCAAAAUCAAGAGCUGCAGGUUCAAACCUGUCUCACGCAUCAGAAACUUAAAGUCCAACAUUUGUCUACAGUGGUCAGAAUUUGGACAGGACCAUUUGCAAAUCAAGACAGAAACAAGUCCGGUUGUUGAUCCAACUUGUGUUUAACUGUAUCAGGUGCCAGCAUAUUAAUUACUCAUUCUGAUUGAAUUUGAAUGUCGCAUAAGUUUCUGGUUGUGCAUUUUCUCUAGCCUCGCAUGCUUGUUUCAUUCCAUAAAUGAGUUGCUAUUUGUGAUGAUAGUAAGAAAGACAUGUAGAUCGGGCACAUGUGCAAACUUUACGACAGUCACUGUCCUCUACAAUCUCAGUCUUCUCUCUCUUAAUUUGUAGUUUGAGUAGCUAAAACUUAGGCUCCAUUUUGAUAAAUUUUGGUAGAGUGAAGAUUUUUUAAGGAAGCACAAGGAAUUUUCAAAGAUUAUGUCUGUUUGCAUUGUUCAUUGUUUUUCCUUUAUUUACAGUUGUUCACUCUCAAAAACAAGCACACGAAGCAGGGUCAUUUAAUUAAGAAUUUUACUUUGCAGCUUUGUAAAGCAUGUAUUAGACUCAGGUGAAGGGAUGCUGCUGUGAUUGCUUUCUGAGUGAUCCAUUCCGGGACAUCAUCUAGUUGUUAUUAGGCUAUAUAAGCUUUGUUUCAUAUACAUAAUAAUUACUAUUUAUUAUUAAUCGACUUCCUUCUAUCUCUUGUUUUCUGGCUUAAAGUGGUUAAAUGCUUGUAGGAUAACUUUUAGGCAGGAUGAUCAUGUAAUUACAAUCCUGUUAGUGAAUCAGUGAAGGCUAAAAUAUAAAAAAAUGCUUUUGAGCGAUUUCAUAUUUAUUACAUAAGCCUCAAUAUUUUUAU